UCCAGUCUCGCCUACCCAGGUUUCCACUAACCUCGGUUCCCUGACGUGACACAACAUCCCCUGACGUUCUAUCUUAACGCUUUUUUUCACACUAUCUGUGUCAUUCAAUAUCCACUACUCACUGCCCCAAACGGACCUCUUAGCCUCUAUCUCUUCGCACUUUUCAUCUUAUUUGAUAUUUUCAACGCCCUUCUUCGCUGGUCGAUAUCUUAUAACGCCCUCCACUUGCCCUUUUAAGAACAACUUCACCCUUCAAAAGCUUCUUGCACAGGCAGCAAACUUCGUUUCCUCGCACUCACACCUAACGCAAUCAUGGAUACAUCGAUGAACUCUGCCAUUAACGCUACCAUCCCACUUCUCACCAACUGCCUGAAGGACAACUGCUCUGCGUCGACCCUCGAUGCACUACAUGUUGUUCUCAUGUCUUCACUCUCCGCACAUUUAGCGCCCACAUGGAACACUGAACGCCCCACUCUGGGUGCCUCUUCGCGUGCACUCCGCCUCACUCCUUCCGCCCAACCGCCUCGCCCUCUGCGUGUUGCCGCCCAGUCGACUGGCAUAAACGCUGCGGAGUGGGUCCACCUCUUGACUGGGGGUGAGGAAUGCGAGAUUUGUGUUGACCCCGGCAUGGUCUCCUAUCGGGUGGGUGAAGACACGCCCAAGGUUUAUUGGCAAGGAAUUGUCAACCGCAAAACCGUUUCGUCUCCGUGGGAGAAGGGCACUGUCUCCUCGACAUCAGUGGGUCGACGAUUACAAACGACCGGUGACGACAAUUGGUUGGCCAGCGUCCUUUCGCUGUUCCCUGAGACGCCACGUUCUGGGACCCCCAUCUCUCGUCCAUCGCGCGGUGUCAGCGCUAGACCUUCGUCCGUGGCAUCGUCCUCCACAGACUCACCCCUCUCCAUUACCAUGGAUCUUCCCCGCACCGGUACCGCGCCUCAGUCCCAGUUCCUCAACCCUGGACGCUUCGCUUCUCAUUCACGCACGAACUCCACUUCGUCCACUGGAACUGGCGCUACCGGUGCCCCCUCCAGCGUUUAUGGUACUCUUUCUCUCUCGAUGUCCCAGCUGUCUUUGCAUUCUUCCUCGACAAGCGCGACUUCUCCAUCGUCGGUCGUUCCAUCAACACGCUCGUCGAGCCCCGUUGACGACACUUGCUGCUAUUAUGAGGAUGAGGAAGAGGGGAACUCCGCUGCGGUAUGCUACAUUGACAAAAGCCGGCGUGACGUGACGGAGUAUGAGUGCGGAAAAGUUGGAGUACUUGGCGGGGCAGUUAUGCUCGGAGUCCCUAGGAACGGCGUAGCGAGUGCGAUCAAGGUCGUUCCAGCCAAGGUUUGAAAUCUAGGUGUUCGUUGAAAGAUGGAAGGCGGCGCAUAUGCAGAACGAAUCACGUCACGAACGAAACGUUGAGCGUCGGCUGAAGCGGGCUAUUGCUCAACACGAUCUUGGAAAUGUUUAUUGACAUUUUGGCAAACUUGACUUUCACUUAUUUUCUCUCCCCUCCCUUGCCCACGAUGGCCUUGCUUUUCUGUCUCCCGCUUUCUGGUUUAUCACACUACCAAGGCCUUCGUUUGGAAUUGGGUUUAGACUCACUUUCUGCUCUUCUGUUCGAUUGACUUCUGAGCUUUUAUCUGCCACAUUACCCUACAG